AUGUUAGACCCACGAAUAUUGCCAUACUACAAUCCGGCGGUGAAUAGGAAGAUUGCUGUGGUUACAGGCGGAAACACGGGUAUUGGCUGGUAUACUGUCUUGCAUCUGUAUUUACAUGGGUUUGUCGUUUACAUUUGUGGGAGAAAUUCUCACAAGAUUUCGAAAGCAAUCCAAGAGAUACUGGCAGAAGCAAAGAAGAGGUGCCAUGAAGAUGACAACGGCCCAGGCCUAGGCCCAAGCAUCCAGCGUCUAGGAUCACUUCACUAUAUCCAUUUGGAUUUGACGGACUUGAAGUGUGUGGAGAGAGCGUCGCUUAAAAUUCUUAAGCUGGAAGACCACAUAGACGUGCUUAUUAACAAUGCAGGAAUUAUGGCGGUGCCCUUAGAAAUGACGAAGGACGGAUUUGAAGUUCAAUUGCAGACUAACUACAUUUCCCACUUCCUCUUCACUAUGAGAUUACUGCCUUUACUACGCCAUUGUCAUGGCAGGGUCAUUUCUCUGUCAUCGAUAGGUCAUCAUUUAGAGUUCAUGUACUGGAAACUGAGCAAGACAUGGGACUACAAACCUAACAUGCUUUUCACAUGGUUCAGAUACGCAGUGAGUAAAACUGCGCUGAUCCAAUGCACGAAGAUGUUGGCAAUCAAAUACCCGGACGUUCUUUGUCUCUCCGUUCACCCGGGUUUGGUGAUGAACACAAACCUGUUCAGUUACUGGACAAGAUUGCCCAUCGUGGGUAUUUUCUUCUGGCUGUUGUUCCAGGUCGUAGGGUUCUUCUUCGGUGUCUCAAACGAGCAAGGCUCGCUGGCCUCUUUGAAGUGUGCAUUGGACCCAAAUUUAUCUGUCGAAAAAGAUAACGGGAAGUACUUCACCACGGGGGGGAAAGAAUCUAAAUCGAGUUACGUUUCCAAUAAUGUGGAUGAAGCGGCAUCGACUUGGAUUUGGACUGUUCAUCAACUAAGAGACCGCGGUUUCGAAAUAUAA